AUGGAGUUUGUAGAUAAAGACAUAAUGGACGUCACUCCUCUGUGCAUGAUACCGGGCGACACCACUGGUACUUCCUCCAAGGUUGGAGAUAAGCAAGGUAAUACCUCUGGUAACUCCUCUCUUCCUAAAGACAUGUACUACACUGAUCGUGCUAUAAGGAGACUGGUUACGAGAAUUCUGAGUGAAGGACAUAAAGUUGAAGGAGUUUCUACCCCUCUGUUCAGAAGGGAACCCUCCCCUGAGGGAGAACCCCAUGCAGAUAAAGAUGAUGAUUCAUCUAGAUCAGAAAAGGAGGUGGUUGCUGAAGGGCUUUGCUCUCUAGGUAAAACCCUACCUAGCAAGAAACAAAAUGUGCCUCAAGAAAAUAUUAUUGAUCUGGAGGAAGAAAGCACUGAAGGAGAGGAUGAUCCUUUGGUUCAUCUGGUUAAACCUAGCGUAGUUGAGAAACUGAGAACUAAGAAAGGAAGAAGUAUGGCUAAAAUGAGAGUUGCUAGAGUGAAAAGGACUGCAGGAGUAGGACCCUCAAAACCCUGGAGCAAGGUUGAGGUUGGAAAAAGAAAAGAAAGAGACAACUCUGAUUCUGAGGAGGAUGUUAAAGACGAUGUCCCAGACAUCUCCCCUGCAAAAAGGCAGGCUGGUCAGAAAUCUCCUGGCAAGACUGUUGCUGCUACUGGUGUACAUCUUGACAAAAUCUCCUUUCACAUGAAAGAUGGAGCAGCAAAGUGGAAAUAUGUCAUUCAGAGAAGAGUAGCCAUUGAAAGAGAGCUUGGACAAGAAGCUAUAGAAGUAAAGGAGAUAAUUGAGCUGAUCAAGAAUGCUGGACUCAUGAAGACUGUGGUGACCCUACCCCAAUGCUAUGAGGGGUUGGUAAAAGAGUUUAUUGUUAAUAUCCCUGAAGAUAUUCAUGAAAAGAACAUCAGGGAUUUUUGCAAGGGAAGUCAUGUCAAUGAUGUCAUGAUAUCUGCCAGAAGAGAGUCUACAUCUAAAGGAAGCUUGAUUGACCAACUAAAAGAGACUUGCAAAGAAUUGGACAAUGGCAUAAGGGUGGCAAAGGCUAGAAAAGAAGCUUUAGAAGUUCUCAUUUGUAGCCUGGAAAGGGAAGAAAUAGAAAAGGCUGGAAAGGACUCAAAUACAAGAUCCCAAUCCAGUUCUGAAAGCUCAGAAGACUCUGAAGGUGCAGGUGAAGAUGAAGAUGAAGGUGAAGACUGA